AAGUCUGCAGUGGAGCAGGACUGCCCAGGGCCAAAUGACUUGUCUCCACUAAUGUUCUUUGUGAACUUCCCCUCUGCCAAGCAGUACUUCAGCCAGUUCCAGGACAUGGAGGACCCCGAGGAGAUGGAGCGCAGCUCCCAGCUGCGACACCACGCCCGCAGGGUGAUGAACGCCAUCAACACGGUGGUGGAGAACCUCAAUGACCCGGAGAAGGUGUCCUCGGUCUUGGCCCUGGUGGGAAAAGCUCAUGCUGUCAAACACAAAGUGGAGCCAAUGUACUUCAAGAUACUGAGCGGGGUGAUGCUGGAGGUGUUUUCUGAAGACUUUCCCGAGUUCUUCACGGCCGAGGCGCAGGUGGUGUGGAGCAAACUGAUGGCUGCGGUGUACUGGCACGUGACCGGGGCCUACACCGAUGUGGGGUGGCUGCAGGUGUCCAGCUCGGCCGUGUGAAAGCUUCAAUGAGGUCGAUGGAGGAGUUCUUUUCUGUGGACUUUUGGUACGAAGGAGAAUAUCCUUAUUUUUUUCUUCCAAUUUUAAUUUAUGAUUUUUACAAGUAAGAUUUUUUAUAUAUUUAUUGGGACGUUUUUAUCAUUUUUGUUAAGCAAAGGGGAACUGCACUUUUUUUUUUUUUUUUUUGCCUAUCAUUCAUAAUCCUUACGUACGACAAGAACACACAUUUAAAAAAAAAAAAAAGUAUUUUAAAUGAUAAAAUACGGCCAGUACAAAGUGGCUAAUGUUGCGUCUGACCAGUCUUCCUCUCAGGGAAUCCAAGUCACUGGUCAAUCCCGAGUUCUUUCAGAUGACAUAUAUGCAGAGUAAGAAGGACCAUCAAGACAGAAUAGGAAUAUUAUCAAGUUUUACUAAAGCUUUAGACCAGUCCUACAGUCCAUUAAUAGCGGCAUCUAGAAGUGGUCUGAAAGCCAAACGGAAAGAGACAACUUAUUGAAUAGGAAAACAGCCCCCGCCCUGCCCAGAAAGGAAUACAGCCUCAUUGUUCUAAUACUGAUAAGGUAAAAAGGUGUACACCACACUCCCACAUUCCAACGCCUUCAAGGUAAGGCACAGAGUUUACUUGCGGACAUAAGAUACAAGCAUAAAGAGUACACAUGGGAAAAUAUUAGCUGCUUUAAACAUGAAAAUAAAUGCAUUGUCCACACUAACAAUGCAGAGUGUCCAUAAAGCUCUCUAAAAAGUGCCAACAAUACUGCAUUCACAUCUUGUGACCUGAAUAUUAAGCAAGUAUUAGCCAUUUUGUUAUUAUAAGUGCUAACGCAGACAAACUAUUUUGAUCUACCAUGAAUUGAUUAACGUGGACCCCCGAUUUAAACAAGUUGAAAAACUUAUUGGGGUGUUACCAUUUAGUGGUCAAUUGUACGGAAUAUGUACUUCACUGUGCAAUCUACUAAUAAAAGUCUCAAUCAAUCAAUCAAUCACAGGGAGCUAACUAGCUUAUGCUUGUCUAUUGACAUAUUGAGUCGGUGAGCUGCUGCAUCGCCUCUUCGAUGGUGAAAGUCAAUUCUGGAUUAUAAAUCCUGCCUCUCACCUGGAUAGUAGAAGGUUGUGGUCAUAAUCCAUACAGUUGGUCAACUCUGACAUUCAACUUAUAACAGAGUAAGACAUUAAAAAAGUCUUUAAUUCUUCAUCUAAACGUGACGAUGUAAACAUCCCGUAAGUCGGCAGCCCUGUGAUAGCAGACAUUGUACAGUAAGUGAUUGUUUUAUUACAUUAAAAAAGUCUUUAAAUCUUCAUCUAAACGUAACGAUGUAAACAUCCCAUAAGUCGGCAGCCCAGUGAUAGCAGACAUUGUACAGUAAGUGACUGUUUUAUUACGUUUGUAUAUAUAUAUCUUGUUCAGCACUUAGCAAGACUGCUACAUGCUGCUUAGCUGGGUCUGUUUAGCUACUAAAAGGUGGCGCUCAUUCAGGUUUCAAAAAUAGAAGGUUCUGGAUCAUCAUUUGUCCCAAAGUACCGCAAUUUCCGGACUAUAAGCCGCACCAGCUAAAUUUAGGGGAAAAUACAGAUUGCUCCAUAUAUAAGCCGCACCCGACUAUAAGCCGCACCAGCUAAAUUUAGGGGAAAAUACAGAUUGCUCCAUAUAUAAGCCGCACCCGACUAUAAGCCGCACCAGCUAAAUUUAGGGGAAAAUACAGAUUGCUCCAUAUAUAAGCCGCACCCGACUAUAAGCCGCACCAGCUAAAUUUAGGGGAAAAUACAGAUUGCUCCACAUAUAAGCCGCACCAGACUAUAAGCCGCACCAGCUAAAUUUAGGGGAAAAUACAGAUUGCUCCAUAUAUAAGCCGCACCGGACUAUAAGCCGCACCAGCUAAAUUUAGGGAAAAAUACAGAUUGCUCCAUAUAUAAGCCGCACCCGACUAUAAGCCGCACCAGCUAAAUUUAGGGGAAAAUACAGAUUGCUCCACAUAUAAGCCGCACCCGACUAUAAGCCGCACCAGCUAAAUUCAGGGGAAAAUACAGAUUGCUCCAUAUAUAAGCCGCACCAGCUAAACUUAGGGGAAAAUACAGAUUGCUCCAUAUAUAAGCCGCACCCGACUAUAAGCCGCACCAGCUAAAUUUAGGGGAAAAUACAGAUUGCUCCACAUAUAAGCCGCACCAGCUAAAUUUAGGGGAAAAUACAGAUUGCUCCAUAUAUAAGCCGCAUCUGACUAUAAGCCGCACCAGCUAAAUUUAGGGGAAAAUACAGAUUGCUCCAUAUAUAAGCCGCACCUGACUAUAAGCCGCACCAGCUAAAUUUAGGGGAAAAUACAGAUUGCUCCAUAUAUAAGCCGCACCCGACUAUAAGCCGCACCAGCUAAAUUUAGGGGAAAAUACAGAUUGCUCCAUAUAUAAGCCGCACCAGCUAAACUUAGGGGAAAAUACAGAUUGCUCCACAUAUAAGCCGCACCCGACUAUAAGCCGCACCAGCUAAAUUUAGGGGAAAAUACAGAUUGCUCCAUAUAUAAGCCGCACCUGACUAUAAGCCGCACCAGCUAAAUUUAAGGGAAAAUACAGAUUGCUCCAUAUAUAAGCCGCACCCGACUAUAAGCCGCAGGGUUUUGAUGUGUAAUUAGCGUAGUAUAUAGUGUAAUUAGCGUAGUAUAUAGUGUAAUUAGCGUAGUAUAUAGUGUAAUUAGCGUAGUAUAUAGGGGUUCCUGCUACCACGGAGGGGAUUGUCGGGACAGAGAUGACUGUUUGGGAACACAAAGCGUCCCAUUUAUUAACAAUACAUCUUUCAAUCAUUCAAUCAAACUUUCACAUCUUUGACAUGGCGAACAGCAUUCGUGCAGAGUACAAAUAAUACAACGGUGCAAAGUAAUACAAAGUGCUCGCCUGUACGUUAUCAAAAUAACCAAAGUCAGUCUUUAAUCAUUGUGUCAUCGUCUUCCUCCUGCGUACUAAAACCAGCGAAAUCCUCUUCGUCGGUGUCAGAGAAGAACAGGCCGUAUAUAAGCCGCACCCUUGUAUAAGCCGCAGGGACCAGAACGAGGGGAAAAAGUAGCGGCUUAUAGUCCGGAAAUUACGGUAGUCUCUGGUGAAGUCUGCCAUAUACAAUACUACAUCUUAUCCCAUUAGCUCCAUUGAUUUUUGCUUGCGUUUAUGUAUUACAUUUAUUGUUUAUUAGUUCACUUCUUUGAGAGAUGGCACAACAAAAGAAAAACAUGCGUUCUUGUCUUACAUAAGGAUUGGGAAUGGAAUGAAAUAAGUUUGUUUGGGUCAUAUAAUCAACUAUUUAGUGUGAGCAGUUUAACAGUACAGAUGAUACAUAAUAUUUAACAAUCAUACACAUUUACACACGAAAAAGGAAUAGGCUGAAGCCAAAGCUUAUAUUUGCCUAUCACUGAAAAUAUUACCUGGAACAUCAACAUAAAAAAAAAUCAAUUGGAUGAAAGUGAUUGUUACUACAUUUGAUCAUUUUCACCCCCGUAAAUGAUAGUUUUCUCCUCUUAAUGUAAAUAAGCUAAGAAUGCAAGCUGUUGUUCUUUACUCCAAACAUCAUUUCCAUUGUUUUUAAACACAAUAUCUGAACAUUUGAACACAUUACAACGUAUAAAUAUUAGAUUGGUAUGUUCAUAGUAGCACGAUUAGUGUAUUAUUCUAAUGAGCCUUUUUUUCAAGUUGAAUUAUUGGCUCGUAUGUUGGAAUGAUAGACAAAAUGUAAAAACAAAACCCCCAAAAAAGGGUGCAGUUUAAGAGACGCAGUGUUCAUUUUUAAGUGGAGAACUUCUGCAAACAUUUCAUGACAUUUUGAGCUGAUUGUCGCCCCUAAAAGAGGUCAAUACUAAUUAUGUAGUCAAGCUCUUAAGGACACGUGGGUGGUUGACUGGCCCCUUCACUACUUCCCAGCUCUCAAGUCUGCCAUGUAAUUACCAUGAGGGGCGGCCACAGUCCAACACUUACUAAGGAAGAAGUACAUUUGUGUAGAAAGAGGCACUCUGUCGUGUCCUAUAAUUCUCUCCCUGCUGUUUAAUCCAACAUACAUAUAAACUCCUGUCUGGUGUUUAAUCCAACAUACAUAUAAACUCCUGUCUGGUGUUUAAUCCAACAUACAUAUAAACUCCUGUCUGGUGUUUAAUCCAACAUACAUAUAAACUCCUGUCUGCUGUUUAAUCCAACAUACAUAUAAACUCCUGUCUGGUGUUUAAUCCAACAUACAUAUAAA